UCGGGGCUGGGGGUCAAGCACCGUCCCUGCACCAUGGGGCAGGGGAGUUGGGGGGGGGGUCCCCCACUCUGUCCCCCGGGGGGGGGGACACGACACGGGACAGGGCCUGUGCCCCCCCCCCGCCCCAGGCAAAGGCUUCCCUGCCAUCCGUGGGGUGGCUGCGCGGGCGCCGUGUUGGCCCCAUGGCCGUGGGGUGACCCUGCUGCCAUCUCACCCUUCACCCCUCCCGGCACCCCCCCGGGCUGAUGGGGGGGGGGACCCCCUGGGGCAGCUGCUGGCCGGGGACCCGUCCCCUGUGUCACGCGGGGGUGGGCGAGGCUGGGUGGGCACCGUGGUGGUUCCAGUGAUGAGCACCACGAUGGGCUCCGUGAUGGCUCCGUGAAGAGCACCGUGAUGGGUGCUGUGGUGGGACCGUGGUGGGCUCCAUGAUGGCUCUGUGGUGGGCACCAUGAUGGGUCCUGUGGUGGGACUGUGGUGAGCCCCAUGAUGGCUCCAUGGUGGGCACCAUGAUGGGUGCUGUGGUGGGGUGACGGUGAGCUCCGUGAUGGUUCUGUGAUGGGCACCAUGAUGGGUGCUGUGGUGGGAUGAUGGUGAGCUCCGUGAUGGUUCUGUGAUGGGCACCGUGAUGGGUGCUGUGGUGGGACCAUGGUGAGCUCUCUGAUGGUUCUGUGGUGGGCACCAUGAUGGGUGCUGUGGUGGGCUCCAUGAUGGCUCCAUGGUGGGCACCAUGGUGGGUGCUGUGGUGGGAUGACGGUGAGCUCUGUGAUGGUUCUGUGAUGGGCACCAUGAUGGGUGCUGUGGUGGGACCGUGGUGAGCUCCAUGAUGGCUCUGUGGUGGGCACCAUGAUGGGUGCUGUGGUGGGAUGAUGGUGGGCUCCAUGAUGGCUCUGUGGUGGGCACCAUGAUGGGUGCUGUGGUGGGAUGAUGGUGGGCUCCAUGAUGGCUCUGUGGUGGGCACCAUGAUGGGUGCUGUGGUGGGAUGAUGGUGAGCUCCAUGAUGGCUCUGUGGUGGGCACCAUGAUGGGUGCUGUGGUGGGCUCCAUGAUGGCUCCAUGGUGGGCACCAUGGUGGGUGCUGUGGUGGGAUGAUGGUGAGCUCUGUGAUGGUUCUGUGAUGGGCACCAUGAUGGGUGCUGUGGUGGGAUCGUGGGGUGAGCUCCGUGAUGGCUCCGUGGUGGGCACCAUGGUGGGUUCCGUGGUGGGACCACGGUGGGCUCUGUGAUGGCUCCCUGAUGAGCUUGGUGGUGGGACCGUGGGGGGGCUCUGUGCUGGCCACACGCGCCCUCUGCCACCCCCAUCACCCCAAACAUCCCCGAGGUGCCCCCACCGCGCAGGGGCUCCCCACGCCUCACCCCGACCCCAGGGCCCAGCCGGGGGGGGGGGGGGGGGCCACCGUCCCCUACCGCAAUGGUGGCCGAGGGGUUAACGGGGAGGGGUGCUGGGGGUGGUUUCGGGAUAAGGGGGGGCUGUGCCUGCCCCCCCCCCAGUCCCCCCCAGGCUCUGUUGGUUUUGGCUGCCUGCACAGACUCCCAUUGUCUUGCAAAUGAUCCCUGGGGCUGGGGCGCGCCUGGGGCCGGAUCCUGCAGCUGGUAAAUGAGGCUGGGGGCCCUGGGACACCCCCCCCCCCAGCCUCCGGACCCCAGCAGGCACUGGGCCACAGCCUGGCCACGCCGUGGGGCAGGGACCCUCGGCCGUGUGCCCCCCAGCACCCACUGUCACCCGUGUCCCAGGCAUGACCCGUGUGCUGGCGUGACCCGUGUACAUAGCGUGACCCGUGUGCCCACCACGGGACACUCCCCCCCCGCCCCGGGGGUCUCCCCCUCCCCAACCAGCAUCCCAUCCCCAUUUCCACACCAGCAGCACCCACGGGUGCCCCGACCCCAUCACCCAUCGGUGGGUGAUGAACCCCCCCCCAAAACCACAGCCGGGGCCCCCCCUCUCCCCGCAGGGCUGGCAGCAGGUUUGGGGGGGGGGGGGGCCAUGGGGCGGUGCGGGGCCCCCCGGGUAGAUGGGGCAGCGCAAGGUUCCCCCCCCCCCCCCCUUCUUUUUCCUCCUCCCCUACAAAUUGAAACCAGUUGUGGCGGAGGGGCCGAGCCGGAAAGCCGGCACAUUCCUUCCCUUAACAGCUCCCCUCGGACUGGGCCGGCAGGCGAGUGGGGCCAGGGCCCCCUGCCCGAGCCCCCCCCCCCAGCUCAGCCAGCCCCCCCACAGGGUCCCCCCAGGGCCAGCUGCAGCAUCCCCCCCCCCCAGUUUGGCUGGGAGGGAAACGUGCCGGGUUCUCCCCGCGCUACCCUCUCACUCGCGCGGGGCGAGCUUGACGUUACCCGCGUUGGCUGGGGGGGGGGGGGGGGGGGGGGGGGGGGGGGGGGGACACACACACAGGGUGGCCCUGGGACUGGAGGGCAAAUGGGACACACUGGUGGCCCCAAGCCGCAAAGGUCAGCCAGCCCCAAUGUGUGUCGUGUGUGUGUGUCCCCCCCCCCCGGCACAGAUGUACCAGGGAUGGGGCGCAGCUGCAAAGGCCGGAUCCGGCACCGCCUGCUCCCCCCUGGGGUGCCGGGAUGGGGGGGGGGGGGGGGGGGGCUUCUGGUGGACCCCCCCCAACCCCACCUUCUCCGGCGCUGAGCUCUCCUUUCC